AAACCCAGGAAGUACAGCCCAGGCACUAAUCAAAUCAAAGACUAAUAAUAAACAUCCUGAGUAAUGAGUGGCCUCGGCUGGAGCCGGCACGGCGUCCGGAGCGGGGCGGGCCAGGAGGAGCCAACCCUACAGGGUCCAUGGAUGGGAGUGGCCAUGAGGCCCUGCCCCAAAGAGCACGACUGGGAUCCCCUAUUGACCGCCUGCAUCUCCUGCAAACUCAUCUGCAGCCGUCGGAGCCAAAACAUCUGUGCAGACUUCUGCAAGUCACUCAGUUGCCACAAGGAGCCAGGCAGUUACUAUGACCAUCUCCUGAACACUUGCAUCAGCUGUGCCACCAUCUGUGGACAACACCCCAAGCAAUGUGCACACUUCUGUGAGAACAAAUUCAAGGAACGGAGCCUACUGAACCUUCCUCCACAGCUCCAAAGGCAGAGGACUGAGGAGGGUGAAGCCAAGCCGAACAACUCAGGAAGCUACCAGGGACCAGAGCCCAGAGGCUCGGAGGCAGGUUCAGCACCCCAAGGGCUGAAGCUGAGUGGAGGCCAGCUGGUACUGGUCUACACUACACUGGGCCUCUGCUUGUGUGCCGUUGUCUGCUGCUUCCUCGUGGCCAUGGCCUGCUUCCUCAAGAGGAAGGGGGGCCAGUGCUCCUGCCAGCUGCCCCCCAGGCCAAACCCCGCUCAGGCCGAAUCCUCCCAGGAUCACUUGAUGGAAGUUGGAAGCGGUGGGGCCGGGACACCAGAGCCGGUGGAAACGUGCAGCUUUUGCUUCCCAGAGCAGAGGGCACCCACUGAGGAAAGUGCGGGAGACCACAGGGGACAGGGCCUGGACCCCACACAGAGGUGGCGACCCCUUCCCAGGACCACGUCUGUGCAGCCUUCCUCCUGCGACGAGGACAGCGGCCUCAAGAUCAUAUGUGCUCCCUCCCAGGAAAGAGGUCCCACCACAUAGAGCUCAGAGAGAGACAGACAGACACAGAGACAGAGAUAGGGAGAUUUCAGAGCAGGAGGCCACUUCAUUCUCUUGAUCCCAGUUCUGUAUGUAAACUGUGGCUCACAAUUACCUAAAAAUAAAGUCAUUGCCUGCUGGUCAUGCCCUGGGAACACCACUCCCAUAGAAAUAAAGCCUCUGGUGUCUGCAGCCUCUCAUACUUGGUCUUGGCUGUGCCCUUACACAGCCCUCACACCUACCCUCCUGGGGCUGACCCAUGGCAAAGCCACUUGGUUCUGUGCACAGCUGCAGUCUCAAAGGUCUCACUGGACUCAUGGGAAAGUUUAUUAACUUGUGCUGGGUUGUAAGCAGCUGGGUGCAAGUGACAGUGGGGUCUUUUCUACUCUCUUUCUGUGAAGAGGGAAAGAGAGAAAGAGAAGACUAAAGAAGGGCAUGGCACAGCACACAACAGAGGCAAACACCAGGAGGAUGGGAGGCUUUUAAAAACACAGAUUCCCUUCCUUGAGACCUCAGCGAGGGUAUGAAGACAGUGUGUGUG